AAAGAUGAAUAUUAAGGCCAUUUGAGAAAAGAAAAAAUGAGGGCGGAAAAAAGAACGACUCUUUUAAUAUUAUUCUGCUCCACCUUCUUAAUUAUUCUGGGUCAUCGGAUCGUAAAAGCUCAGACUUUGCCACCGGCGAAGUACGAUGGGUUCUUGUACACCAACCACCCAGUUGACUCGGACACGAUUCUGAUCGAGGCUUUCUUCGACCCAGUCUGCCCCGACAGCAGAGACUCUUGGCCUCCUCUCAAGCAAGCUAUUCAUCACUAUGGUUCUCGCGUUUCUCUCAUAGUUCACCUCCUCCCCUUGCCUUACCACGACUAUGCGUUCGCUACUUCCCGGGCACUGCACAUUGUAAACCUGCUCAAUCCUUCUGCAACUUUCCGAUUGUUGGGCGCUUUCUUUGAGCAUCAGGAGAGGUUUUACAAUGCCCAAACAAGCAACAAGUCCAAAGAUGCAGUAGUGAAUGAAAUCUCAGAGUUUACAGCAGAAGCAGUCGGAAACUCCUAUUAUUCAGCAAUUGUAUCAGGCUUCAAUGACAGGAAGACUGAUCUUAAAACCAGAGUUUCUUUCAAGUAUAGUGCUUCAAGAAGGGCGUUUGGAACACCUUCUUUCUAUAUCAAUGGAUUUGCGUUGCCUGAUCCGGGCUCCUCGAUUGAUUACAAGGGAUGGAGAAGCUUCAUUGAUCCCUUGCUCGUCGGAAAGAGCAAAAACAGGGACGAUUUGCCGCACUUUUCUUGACGAGGAUCUACCUUUUCCGGACGUAUUGUUCUACUGGUAUUUGCUUGACGUGUGAUAGUAAACCCUGUAAAAAAUUAAUGAUAAUGCACCGGUGGUGCUGGAUGUUCUGUAAUGACUGCCAAAUGCUUGGCUAGUAAAUUAAAUAAGGACUCAAGUUAACGUAACUUGAAUCUUUACCCUGUUUCUCAAUUAUCUGGUUGUUCUGUUUCUUUGUAAGAAGAAUAAUAAAGGCCUAUAUCG